AUGAUUUAGCUAUUUCAGGUCUCUUUCCUUUCCAUAUAAAGUUGGAGAUUAGUUUUUCCAUUUCAUUAAAGAAUGUUAUUGGGAUUCGGAUCAGGAUUGUAUUCUAUCUAUAGAUUGUUUUGGGUGGUAUGAUGGUUGAGAUUGCACGUCAACUUGGCUGGGCCGUGAUUCUCAGUGUUUUGACAGUUGAAUAAUGUGAUCACUUCCCUGUUGAAAUCUGAUAUGUGAUCACCCCAUGAUGGAUUCUGCUGAGUGGUACUGGAGGGGGCGGGGCCUGUGGCAGCUCACUGUCCCUUCAGCCUUCAUCUCUCCACCCUCUGCAGCCUACUUCCUUCCUGCUUGCCUUGCCAAGGCUUUUGGCCUGUUCUAGAUCCAGCAGCUGCCUCUUGUCUGACCUCUGGUUUUUGAGAAUUAAGCUACCAGCUUACCUAUUGAUCUUGGGAUUCAUCAACCUUCACAGCCUACAAGCAAGAGCCCUGCUCCCCAACUUGCCGAUCAUGAGUUCGCUAGCCUCUGCAGCCUCGUGAAUAGGGGAAACCUUGCAGUCUUGCCUGCCGAUAUUGGAAUUCGUCAACCUUCACAGCCUGUGAGUGAGACCCCUGCUCUCCAACCUGCCGAUCUUGGGUUCACCAGCUUCUGUGGCUGCGUGAAUUGGAAGAGGCAUCUAUCCUGAACCACGGACUUGGAACUUAUCCGGCCUCUAAAAUUGCAUGAGGUGUUUCCUUGAUAUAAAUCUCUACAUGUAUAUUUAUACGUUUUACUUCUCUAGGGAACCCAGCCUAAGACGGGUGGUAUUGACAUUUUCACAAUGUUAAGUCUUCUAAUCCAUGAGCAUGGUCUGUCUUCGCAGUCUUCGUUAUGACAUUAUGGUGGUCUCCCAGGAUGGGUCUGUGCAAACACGAUUCGUUGCAGAGGAAUAUUUUGAUGGAAAGUUAUUCCUGCAGUAUGACAGUGAAAAAGGUAGGGCAGAGCCCCAGGGACCAUGGGCAGAAGCCCAGCUGGGAGCUGAGACCUGGGACUUAGAGACCAUGGGCUUUACAGACAUACGUAUGGAGCUCAGAAUGACCCUGUUCGACAUCAUGAAGCUGCAGGAUCAGAAAAGAGGCUUGGAUUCCCUCCAGGAGACCCUGGGCUGUGAGAUCCAGGAAGAUGAUGGCCCCGGGGGCUUCUGGAAUUACUGCUAUGGCAAGGAGCAUUUCCUCUGCUGUCACCCGGAGACCAAGAGAUGGACAGUGCCCCUGUCCUCGGUGCAGACGUUGGCAUUGGAAAUGAGGAAGACCUGGGAUGUAGAUAGGGAUAAACACAAAUAUUACGGUCACCAUGUGGAGGGAGAUAUUUGUAAAAGGCUGCGGAGCUACCUGGACUUGGGGAGAGACUUCAUGGGGAGAACAGAAAAUCACACUGACCCGGCUUCAGGAUGGGGAACCCCUGAGCAAGGGCUCCCAGGAGUCUGGGAGUGUCCUGUCCAGUGGAAAUGGGACCUACGUGAUCUGGGUGUCCACAAGUUUUCCUCAAGGGGAGGAGCAGAGGUACAGCUGCCAUGUGGAAGACAGCGGGAAGAACAUGACACACCCUGUGAGCCAUGGAAGAAGGAAACACCAGAUGAGGAAAGCCCAGAACACGAACAGCUACAAGACCUACACCUACACCAGAAGGCAAGGACACACCACAAUGGCACUGUGUACCUGGGCUCUCAGUCUGUGCUGUCAGCCCCUGACUGUAUUGGUUCAAGGAGGGGAGCAUGGAGUCUUCAGCUUGGUACUUUGGGUUCUACUCCUAGCGUUUUCCCACUAGGAAUCUCAGGUUCUUCGUCUGUAAAACGGAAAAGUGAAGCACUUACAUCCUUGUGUAGUUGGGAAGAUAAAAAGAGUGAGUUGCUUGUAGCUGCUCCAUGUUAGUUAACAUUAUUUCUGUCAUUGUUAGCAUAAAUUAACUUUGUAUAUAUUUCCCGUUUCCAUUAUGGUUCCUUCUCUAUAGGAAUCCUACCUCAUAAAAACCCAGAAAGUAUUUCUUUUCAAUUUUAUAGGACAGGAAAAAAAAAAAAGAACCCAUUUUUUAAUAAUUUGCAUGUUUAUU